AUGGAUCACUUAGGGGCGCACCACCUCCACCAGAGCCACGCCGAGCCCAUCAGCUUCGGGAUCGACCAGAUCCUCAACAACCCGGACCAAGGCAGCUGCAUGAUCUCGAACGCGCGGCUGCAGGAGGCGGCGGACUACGGCCUGGGAGGAUGCGUGGUGAGCAGCGCCUACAACCCCAUGGCCGGCCACUACGGCUCGUCCGGCGGAGGCGGCGGCGGAGGCGGCGGGUCCUCCUCGGCCGGGGCUUACAACAACAGCGGGGCUUGCAGCAUGGCUUCCCUGGCGGGCUCUUACAACAUGAACCUGGGGGUCGGGGCCAUGAACGGGAAUAACCUCAACUCGGCCGGGGGCGUGAUCCGGGUGCCGGCGCACCGACCCCUGGCCGGAGGGGUCCACCAGCCGCUCUCCACCGCCAUGCCCACCGUCCCGUCUGUGAACAACCUCACGGGGCUGACGUUCCCCUGGAUGGAAAGCAACAGGCGGUACACCAAGGACAGGUUCACAGGUCACCCCUACCAGAACCGGACGCCCCCCAAGAAGAAGAAGCCCCGCACCUCCUUCACCCGCCUGCAGAUCUGCGAGCUGGAGAAGCGCUUCCACCGCCAGAAGUACCUGGCCUCGGCCGAGCGGGCGGCUCUCGCCAAGGCCCUGAAGAUGACCGACGCCCAAGUCAAGACGUGGUUCCAGAACAGGAGGACAAAGUGGAGGCGGCAAACGGCAGAGGAGCGGGAAGCAGAGCGGCAGCAAGCCAAUCGCAUCCUCAUGCAGCUUCAGCAAGAGGCCUUUCAGAAGACCAUCAAUCAGCCCAUACAAGCCGACCCCAUCUGUGUUCACAACUCCUCCCUCUUUGCCCUCCAGAACCUCCAGCCCUGGUCAGACGACUCUUCCAAGAUUACCAGCGUUACGUCUGUAGCCUCUGCCUGUGAGUGA